UUUAACUAUUGCAAUUUAUUUGGAAGCUAACAAAGACCAUUUGAAGUCACUUCAUCUUGUAUUUAAUAGAUACUCUAUUCUAUCACCGUUAUUAGGAAUAUUUUUAUUGUUAGCAUCAAUUUGUUAUAUUUUAUAUGGUUAUUGGAUAUCCUUUAUUAUGGCUAUUAGUGGUUUAAUUUAUACCAGCAUGUUUUUUAUACCAAAAAUGAUUUCACCAUUAGAUAUUUGGGUUCUUUUAAUUCGAGUUUUUGGUUUAAGUUUAUAUUUAUAUAUAUUUCCUGUAAUAUUGAAAGAAGUAGCAAAUAUUCUUUCAAUAUUUAUGACUCCUUAUAUAUUACAAAUUUCAUACCUUUUUGGUUAUUAUAUAUUUCUUGCUUCAAUAAUUUGUACAUUAGAUAUUCAAGAAAAGAUGAUAAAUACCGUUACUUUACUUCAAGUACUUCAAGUUUAUCAAUUACGUAAAAAAGAACAUGGAAUUUACGAAUAUAUUAUCAAUUUUAUUGAUAAAGCAAAAACUUCCAAUAUUCAAAUUCCACCAUCUUGUAAUUGUCAAAAUUCCGAUUCAAGAACGAAUAAUGGUUGGUGUGAAUUAUGUGGAAUUGCUCAGAAUGUGAUCAUUAAAAGUCUUGGAAGAUCACCAUCUGAUAUAACUCCCGAAUUUCUUCCAGAUAACGAGAUGGAUAAUAAAGAGAUUGUGAGGAAUCCUAGAGUACUUGAAGAUGAGAAUGUUUAUUAUAGUCAAUUUAUUGAUUUGGAUGCUAUUUCAAAAGAAGAACCAUUUGAAGUUUUGGAUGAUGAAUACUACGAUUAA